AUGCCGUCCCUUCCACCCCCUCCUCGACCCCCUCCUCCCACCGCCACCACCACCACCACCACCACCACCACCACCACCACCACCUCCUCCUCCUCCUCUCCCAAUCCCCUAACCUACCACAUCACCCAUUCCUCCCAACCCCAUUCCCCGACCUCCAAUUCCGCCCUCUACACCUCCAUAUCCACGCAAUUCUCCACCCGAUCGCAAACCUUCCUCAAAGCGCCCUCUAUGGAGGUGCUCAACUUGAUCGCCGAUUGGGCAUCUGCCUCUGAACCGAUCGGGCCGGACGAACUGAGGAAGAACUUACCGGUCUUUGAUGCGGGAACGUGGAGGGAUUUGUGGGAGGAGAGACAAUUGGAGGACAAGUGUGCUUGGGUGGCGUGUACGAACAGACCGGCGCAGGGGUAUAAACCGUCCCUUGGGGAGGUGGACCAAGAUUCGUACCGUAGUGGGCCGAAGUUCAAACUCCGGUCUUCGGGAAUAUUCGCUCGAUCAAAACCUUUGACCAACGAACAGAACGAAUUGAACAGGUUUUGUGGGACGCCCUGUUGGAGGCGGAGCGAGUGGGUCAUGAAAAGGUGUCUAGGCAAGGAUACGGACGAUAUCAUCUUUCUGGACGAGGAGAGCGCGUUGACAGAUCAGGUACAGCUCAACCCCGUUCGGAACGAAGAACAACUAGUGGAACCUACGUCCAGCGUUCAACAGAUUGACUUCCACAUUAUCGAAAAAGAGAUCCCGUCUACGCAAGAGAUCAUCGCUCCUCGACCAGGUCAAGAGAUCGAUUUUGAACGACCGCUACAAUCGGACCUCCCCAAACCUACAAGACCUACAAAAUGUUCCCUCGCUCCCCUCCCUUCCGAUCUCUCCCCCGUAAUACCCACCGCAAGACCCGUACUUCCCACCACCCACCCCACGACCCGUCCUUUCGUUCCGCCCCCACCCCCUCUCCCCACCUCGGGUCGUUUCGAACAUCUCCCCACCCCUCUCACCUUCCUCUCCGAUCCUAUCAUGGUCGACCAAGAAGGACAAGAGAUUGAGUGGGCCGGUGUGGACGAGGAAGGGGAGGAUGAGGUGAUCAAAGGCUGGAUGGAGGAUGCUUUAAGGAUUCGGAGGGAGAUGAGCCAGAGGGAUGGGUGCAGUUCCUAG